CAUGCGCAUCGACGGAUGCGAUUCUAUGAGUGCCCGUUCUCUUCCCAGUCUUUAUCAAUGACCGGCCUAUCGGCGGAAGGCUCACCUGAGCUUCUGGGUAAUAAUCGGAGCGCUUAUUUCCAUCCUGGUCUUCUUCUGCCUUCUCUGUCGCGUGUCUCUUGAGUAAGCUCUAUCGUCCACUCUUACAUUACCAUCUCUCUCCUGGCAAAUUUGUUCCCAUGUGUCUUUGACUAAAUUCCUUACGGGGGCCUUUUCGGGGUUUUGCAUGUAUCACAGACUUGUCCACUCCAUAUGUUCCCCCGCUCCCAGCAUGAGGGUCACAGUUUGAGUUGAAUUAGACUGUGCCUCGACACUAGCUUGCAACUUAAUCAUCUAUCGGAACGGGUUGCUGGCCAUAUAUAAGAGGCAUCUGGAGAACCACGGAGACCCACUGCUCUCCUCGAGCUCAAUACCCCUCCACUUCACAUUCCUUAUACCAUGGCUACAUUCAAGCGCUCUCUUCUCUUCGUUGCCUACCUUGCAGUCGCUGUCAUCAAUGCGACUCAGGUCAUGCACCGCCCCGCCAGCUACAUGGAACCUCCGACCACGUACGCAAUAGAGGAAAACCCCAAGGUGAACAGGAUCCAGAAACGUGAUACCGGCAAGGCAUCCAUGGCAUACUUCACCAACUGGGGUAUCUAUGCAGCCAAUUUCCAACCGCAGAAUAUCGUUACGAAUACUUUGACGCACAUUCUCUAUGCGUUUGCGGAUGUGGAUCCGUCUACAGGAGCUGUUAAGCUCACUGACUCCUGGGCUGAUGAGCAGAAACACUACGACGGAGACAGCUGGAACGAUAGCGGGAACAACCUUUACGGAUGUUUGAAGCAGUUGUACCUUAUCAAGCUCGCCAACCGGAACCUCAAAGUUAUUCUCUCCGUUGGUGGUUGGACAUACUCACAAUCUGGUCAUUUCUCCUUUGUCACCUCCUCUUCGAGUCGUUCGACCUUUGUUUCCAACGCUGUGACUCUAGUUGAGGACUACGGUUUCGAUGGCAUUGACAUCGACUUUGAAUAUCCUUCCAACUCUGCGGAAGGUCAAGGCUUUGCCGACCUCUUGACCGAGUUACGCUCUGCCUUCGAUACACUUGCCACGUCCAAGGGCGACACCACUCCAUACCAACUUUCAGCCGCUGUCUCUGCCGGGCCAAAUAACUACGCCAACCUUGUUAUUCCUCAGAUGGACAAAGCUCUGACACAUUGGAACCUGAUGGCGUACGAUUAUGCCGGUUCCUGGUUGACCUACGCUGAUAACCAAGCCAAUCUUUAUGGUGGUGCUCGGACAGGGGUGAGCACUGAUGCUGCAGUGAAACAUUUCGUUUCUGCGGGAGCGGAUAUCAGUAAGAUCACAAUGGGUAUGCCAUUGUAUGGCCGGGCAUUCGAGAACACAAACGGUAUUGGCCAGUCUUACAACGGUAUUGGUGCGGGAACUAUCGAGGCCGGUAUUUACUCAUAUAAAGCGCUUCCUCUGGCUGGCGCCCAGGUCUAUGAAAAUGUCACCGAUGUUACGAGCUACUCGUACGACUCUUCUAAGAAGGAAUUGGUCUCAUACGAUACCCCGAAUAUCGUUUCCUUGAAGAGCAAGUACAUCCAGGACAACGGCAUGGCAGGAUCUAUGUUCUGGGAGCUGUCGACGGACAAAGUGGGUUCCGAGUCCCUCGUUGGUACCGCAGCUGGUGUACUCGGCACCCUCGACACGACACCGAACCAUAUCAGCUACCCGAACAGCAAGUGGGACAACAUCAGGAAUAACAUGGGACAGAGCGGAUCCACGCCUACGAGCUCCACGACCACUACCAGUGCUAGUUCGACACCUACGGGUGGAAGCGGAAGCUGCUCUGGCGUUUCAGCAUGGGAUUCGACAGCUGUCUAUGUCGGCGGCAACCAGGUAUCUUAUGGUAGGCUUUCCUCUUCUCGUUGGCGUUUAUUCGGCGGAAAGCUUUGGACUGCUUCUUGGUGGACGCAAGGUGAUACCCCCGGAGGUUCAGCUGGUGUCUGGAAAGCGGUUAGUACCUGCUGA